AGAGCAGGCCCGCUUUCAGGCCCGGCCUGAUUAUUUUUAUCCUACCUGGUAAGGUAUUUGCAUUUUGCACCAUGAAUGCUUCUCCUUCAACCUGCUGUAAAUCUCCAACAUCAGUGUCAGACUCAGUGAUUCUCCUCUCUCUCCAGCAAACAGAUUACUAAAAAUCUUCCCUUCAUUCUUGAAACAAGGUUUGAUUAAUUAAUUAAUUAAUUCCCCCCCCCCCCCCCCUUCUCUUUCCCACUAUAUUACCUCAUUUUUCUAUCUGCUUUCAAUUUUCAAACCCUAUAAAUUCUCAGAAUACAAAUUUUAAUACUUACAGUUAAAUGUAUAAGCUAAAACGAACAAGUUUUAGGUAAUCUCAAUUGGGAUUUUUUUUUAAGGAGAUAUCUUUGUGUUUUUCUUCGUGUAAUUAUGCCUACCACCUGUUCGAUGAAAUUACACUAGUUUUACUCUGUCCAGUUUCAUGAUAUUGGUAUUGAACACUGAAAAGGGUAUAGCUUGAAAUUGAGACAGUGAAGACGUAUGGUAGUUUUGUAGUUUUGUGUAAUGAGUAGGCCUUUACUAGCAAAACAUGUAGCAGCUGUGAUCAAACAUCAGAAAGAUCCUUUGAAGGCGCUCGAAACGUUCAAAUCAGUUAAAAAUGAGGAGGGGUUCAAGCAUAAUUUGCUGACAUAUAAGUGCAUUAUAGAUAAGGUUGGUGCACAUGGGAAGUUUGAAGCUAUGGAGUCUUUGUUAUCGGAUAUGAGGACGGAUAUUGAUAAUGGUGUUGUGGAGGGAGUGUACAUUGGGGCCAUGAAGAGUUAUGGAAGGAAAGGGAAGGUUCAAGAGGCGGUUGAUGUGUUUGAGAGGAUGGAUUUUUACAACUGUGAACCAUCGGUCAUGUCAUACAAUGCGAUUAUGAAUAUUUUGGUUGAGCAUAGUUACUUCAAUCAAGCGCAUAAAGUUUAUCUGAGGUUAAAAGAUAAACAGAUAUGUCCUGAUGUGUAUACCUAUACAAUCAGGAUUAAGUUUUUUUGUAGAACUAAGAGGUUUAAUGCUGCUUUAAGGCUUCUUAAGAACAUGGCUUCUCAGGGCUGUGAUGUGAAUGCAGUUGCGUAUUGUACCCUUAUAGGUGGUCUAUAUGAAGAGCAAUAUGAAGCGGAAGCAUUGAAGUUGUUCUGUCAGAUGCUUAGCCUUGGAAUUUGUCCUGAUGUAUUUACAUUUAACAAGCUGAUGCACGUACUCUGCAGGAAGGGUGAUGUUCGAGAAAGUCAAAAGCUUUUCAGUAAGGUUUUGAAGAGGGGGAUUUCAGCAAAUCUGUUUACUUUUAAUAUUUUCAUUGAAGGCUUUUGUGAGAAUAAGUCUGUCAGUGAGGCUGCUGGUUUACUGGAUGACAUAUCAAUUGAGGGUUUUACUCCAGAUGUGGUGACAUACAACUUACUGAUACGUGGACUUUGUAAGAACUUGAACGUUGUUGAGGCUGAGAGGUACAUGCAUCAAAUGAUAAAUAAAGGGUUUAGUCCAGAUGCUUUCACAUACAACUCCAUAAUUGAUGCUUACUGCAAACUAGGCAUGGUACAGAGUGCAGAAAUUUUACUCCGGAAUGCGGCAACCAGAGGCUUUACGCCUGAUGAAUAUACAUAUUGCUCUUUAAUCGAUGGCUUAUGCAAGAAUGGUGAUGUUGACAGGGCAAUGGCUAUAUUUAAUGAGGCUGAGAUGAAAGAAUUGAAGGCUAACGUUAUUAUUUACAACACGUUGAUAAAAGGUUUAUCUCACCAGGGGAUGAUUCUUGAAGCAUUACAACUUAUAAAUAAUAUGGCAAGAGUUGGUUGCUCUCCCAAUAUAUGGACAUACAAUACAGUUAUCAAUGGACUUUGCAAAAUGGGUUGCUUGUCUGAUGCCAAUAGCCUCGUCGAUGAUGCCAUAGCAAGGGGGUGUUUACCUGACAUCUUCACCUUCAAUACACUAAUAGAUGGAUACUGCAAACAGUUGAAAUUGGAGUUGGCAAUUGAACUUAUUGAUAAAAUGUGGGAUCAUGGUGUUACUCCUGACGUGAUAACAUACAAUACUCUGUUGGAUGGGCUCUGCAAGGCUGCAAAGUUUGAAGCUGUUUCGGGAACUUUUGAAACAAUGGUGGAGAAAGGGUGCAUUCCUAACCAUAUUACAUACAAUGUACUUAUAGACAGCUUCUGCAAGGCUCGUAAGCUAGAUAAAGCUUUAGACUUGCUUGCGGAUAUGAGGUGCAGGGGUCUGACACCAGAUCUUGUUGUUCUUGGCACGUUGAUAAAUGGUUAUUGCAAGCAGGGUGACUUGGGUGGAGCCUACCAGUUGUUCAGAAACAUUAACAAAGAAUAUGGACUUUCACAUACGACAGCAACAUACAACAUUGUGAUCAAUGCGUUUGGUGAAAGACUGGAUAUAGACAUGGCUGAGAGGCUUUUUCAUGAGAUGAUUGAGAAGGGAUGUCUUCCAGACAGUUAUACUUAUCGUGCAUUAAUAGAUGGGUUUUGCAAAGCGAGUAAAGAUGAUGGUGGCUACAAAUUCCUUUUGGAGAAGAUCGAAAAGGGAUUUAAGCCUUCACUAGCAACAUGUGGACGGGUACUCAAUUGUCUAUGCUUGAAACAAAAGAUCAAUAAAGCUGUUAGAAUUAUCCAUCUUAUGGUGCAUGAAGGUAUCGUUCCUGAAGUCGUAGAGGGUAUUUUCAAUUCUACUAAAAGGGAGAUAGCAGCACCAAAGAUUAUUGUGGAGGACUUGCUAAGGAAAAGCCAUAUAACUUAUUAUUCAUAUGAACUCCUAUAUGAUGGUGUUCGAGAUAAAAAGCUACUAAGGAAAAGUCUCCUAUGAAGGCUUCCCAAGUUUCCAAGUGUCUUUCAGCAGAAGAUUCCUGAGAAUUUGAUAUGAUACUUUGAACUAAGAAUCUAUGCACCAACUACCAAGCUAGAUCUUCUGAUAUGUCAUAACUCGGGAAUCUCAGGACUUACCUGGAAGGCUGGAAGAAAGGAGCGAUAAAAUUCACAUUGGACAUCUCUAUGGUCGUUGUAUUGGUUUACUGUUUCCUCGGAGGAGCAACUGUGUUAAUUAGCUAUUAUAAAAGGAGUCCUUGGGUGGAAGCACCUUGGCUGUACCGAUGGACCUGCUUUCGAGGUACUAUUGACCUGAGUUCUUCUAGAGUGCAGAGGCUGUAUGGUAGCUGGAUAGCAAUGCUGUAUCGAACCGUUCUGUCUUUUCCGGAGAUUUGCAUUCUUUUGACUGCUGUACAUUAGUCUAUCAUAUAUGAAGAGUGCUUGGUCGCUGUGGGUUGAAUCAUCAGAUAACAAUGGCACUACCUGAUAUUUUGCAACACCAUGACAAGUUUGACAGCUUAGCAGAUUCGAGCAUUGAAAUUUUAACUUUGCAGCCUGCGCAGAUUCAGGGUUACAGGAUAGAAAAGCUCAUAUGUAUGAUUUCGCAAGAUCUAGUUUUCUUCAAGUAACAGAUUCUAGAGAUCGUUUGGAUUCCAUUAGUAAUGCAGAUUCGGAAUAUCACACAUUACUCAAUAGAAGAGUCUGCAAAACAAGAUGCAUCUUUAUCAACUAUGUUGUGUAAUUUGUAUAAUUGUACCAAUAUACUGCAUUAUUUUGGCU